AUGGUGUGCACAGUGUGCACGGUGGACACGACUCCAGCCUUCUGUGAAGAUGGACUGCGGCUCGGCUCAGAAGGGCUGGAGGAAGGGGUGCUGGCCCAGGCAGCCAGAGACAUCCAGGGCCCGGCAGGGGGCGCGCGGCGUCGACGGGAAGGCAGAAGCGCAUGCGUAGGGACGGCCGAAGGGGCGGUGCGCGCAAGCAGCCUCGCGAUAACUGCGCAGGCGCGGGCCGCCCGGUCCUUUCUCCGGAGUCGUCAAGAUGGUGAGUGUGGCUUCUGGAGCGCCUCGGCCUGGCCGAUCCGCCUCCAUCCGCGCUCUAGCCGGCCCGAGGCGGAAGUGGAGCAGAAGAAGAAACGGACCUUCCGCAAGUUCACGUACCGCGGCGUCGAUCUGGACCAGCUCCUGGACAUGUCCUAAAGGAGGCGCCGCCCAUGGAGAAGCCGGAGGUGGUGAAGACGCACCUGCGCGACAUGACCAUCCUGCCCGAGAUGGUGGGCAGCAUGGUGGGCGUGUACAACGGGAAGACCUUCAACCAGGUGGAGAUCAAGCCCGAGAUGAUCGGCCACUACCUGGGCGAGUUCUCCAUCACCUAUAAGCCUGUGAAGCACGGCCGGCCGGGCAUCGGCGCCACCCACUCCUCCCGCUUCAUCCCGCUCAAGUAGCCGCCUGCCCAAUAAAGGCGCUGGUCCCUGUC